UGUAAUUUUUAUUACGUUUGGGAUGGUUUGCACUUCUGAUGAUUUUUUCAUAAAACAUUCGGAUGUUUUUCUCAAAGAAAAAAAAUCAACUGUGUGUGUGAUAUGACCGUGACACAAAUUGUAACUUACCAGCCAACAAGCCCGGAAGGAAAGGAAGGAUCCCCUGUUUAAUUUUGAAAAGACAUACUGUAUCCGGCGCACGCAUGGAAUGGCAACAAAUCCUCUGAUUUCCAGCUCGUUUAAUUUGGACUGUUUUUGAACGUUUGCAUGUACUUUUUGUAAACUAACCAACGAAAGCUCCGUGAAUCACUCUAGCUCUAGCCAGCCGCACAACGGUCGAUUGCUGGCUCCGUUCCGUUCCGUUAAGUAGUGCCUGUCUUCCUCCUCCUCCGAUCCCCCCGUUGUGCAGCACAACAGCAGAGGCAGAGGCAGAGCCAUGGCGAUGAUACUCUUGGAUGCAGCAGGGAGUUCCUCCGUCUCACCACCUCCCACGCAUGAUGAUGAACACGAUGAGGGGCUUGCGCUCGCUAUCAUUGCUGGCCAACAGCCUAUGGCGGUCAAUGAAUGCGAUGAUCCGGAAAGCGAGGUCGAUUUUGUCCCUCUCAGGGUCGUGAGGCCAGACGACGAGCAGCAAAAGCGCCCCGGUGGGCGGGUUAAAGUAUGUGCACAUAAACCUAAAACAAAGAAAAGGAACAGAGGUAGGCCGGCACGCGUCAGGUCUGCUAAGAGUAAUAUGUGGUGUAAACCGGAGUUUGUCUGCAACGACAACAUCAACAUUACCAGUAGUGAGACCGAGAGCGAGGGAAACAAAGACGAUGAUUAUGUUCCGACGGGGAAGAGAGGAAGGCAGGCACGCGCCAAGUCUGCAAAGACAAAGACGUGGCGAAAACCAGGGUUUGUUUACAGCGACAACUACAACAUUAGCAGCAGUGAGAGCGAGGGAAACAAAGAUGAUGAUUAUGAUCCGAUGGCACCUGAUGCUGAUGGCCACCCAAAGAAAUGUGCAAGAUCUCGAGUGUGUUUGACUCACACAACUGAAUGUACGAAUAAAAGAUCUCGAGGGAGGCCCGCACGCGCCAAGUCUGCUAAGAGCAAGAUGUGGCGUAACCCGGAGUUUGUUUGCGGCGACAACAUCAACAUUAGUAGCAGUAGUGAGAGCGAGAUUGAAAGAAACAACAAUGAUGAUGAUUAUGACCCGACGACACCUGAUGCUGAUGGCCACCGAAACAAAUAUGAAAGUUUCCAAGAUAUGCGUGGCUCUGCUUUUGAAAGAGCUUCGGAGGUAAAUAAGAAAUUGCCAAGAACAGAAGUAAGCUUGGUCAGGCGUAUGCUACCGUCACAUGUUGACAGGGUUUUUUGGAUGGGUCUCCCGCGUAGCUUUUGCAGACAGCAUCUUCCAAAGCAAGAUACUGUAAUGACUUUAGAAGACGAGGAAGGGCGCAGCUACCCUGCAAACUACCUUGUGGCAAGAGAUGGUCUUAGUGGUGGUUGGAAACACUUUGCGGAAGAUCAUAGACUCAAGGUCGACGACGCCCUGGUCUUUCGACUCGUGGGCUCGGAAAAAUUCAAGGUGUAUAUAGUAAGAGAGGGUGAGUUGACAACAACAGAUUAUGAUGUCAGGUCUAAGGAAGAGGAUGCGGAGGUUACAACCAGCACAACAACCUGUGAUGAUAUCAACAACCUAGCAGCCGGCGAAAAAGAUAAUGUCGACGUCAUGAUAUCUCCAGACGAUUCAGAGCCAGACGGCGGUGUUGACAGCAUGGUGAGCUUCAGCAGCUUCAACAUAGUCGUCAACAGUGUGCUGGACACCAACCGUGAAUUGUUCCCGGACCACCUGCGCGCGACAUACUACAAGCUCUGUCUUGCCCAGAAGGCGUGCCUCCACCGGAACCUGCUUGAGGAGGUGAACCCCAAGAUGGCUAUCGGAGCCAUGGUGGAGACCGCUAGCAUCGCCGAGGGCGUCAGGGCCUCCUCGCCCGCUUCUCGCGAGGACCUUGCGUAGUGGAAGAAGAAUUUGCAAGCGCUGGAGGUCGUGGGCAUGGAUGUGGCAUUCCUGUGCGAGCGCGUCGACGGCCUCCUCACCGCGAGCGCGUGAAUCUGAACUCUAUAUAUUCAACUGCGUAUAUGUUGUGGUUUCUUGUGUCCUCCAUUUGAAUCUUCAGUUUAUCCUCUCUGAACCAAACCAGCUUUCUGAAAUCCCGCAGAUCGAUGGAUGUUGAUCUUCUCUAACAUGUGUGGCAAAUAGGAGCUUUAACAUCAGAUUGCUUUAGAUGUAAACUUUCUUCGCAUUUCGACUUCUUUGAGCUCAUUUGAAUCAACUUGGUCAUUCAGAGAGAUCUCAAAUACACUAAGGAUGUCCGCUUUCUUUUGUGUGUAUCAGCAAAUUUCAAAGAUGAGGCAUUUUGUAGUCCACCACACACCAGUGGAAAGGAAGCUUCAAAUCUGAGCAAAUAUCUUCUUUGAUGUCAUUCAAAGCCAAGAGUUAGAGCAUAUUACUAGGAUG